GCUCCCGCGACUGAGGCGCGCGGCACGAGUGCCUGGCGGGCUCCGGCUUCCGCGUCUGCCCGGCCCCGGCCUCAGCCCCAGCCCCAGCCCCGCACCCGGCUCUGUCGCGGCCCGCCGAAUCCGCGGGCAGCCGAGCAGCCAGCGACGCCCGCAGUGCUCCGGGUGCCGGCGCGGGGGGCCAUGCCGUGCCGGAGGGAGGAGGAAGAGGAAGCCGGCGAGGAAGCGGAGGGGGAGGAAGAGGAGGAGGACAGCUUCCUCCUGCUGGAGCAGUCGGUGACGCUGGGGAGCUCGGGCGAGGUGGACCAGCUGGUGGCCCAGAUCGGCGAGACGCUGCAGCUGGACGCGGCGCAGGACAGUCCGGCUUCGCCGUGCGCACCCCCGGGGGCACCGCUGCGGCCCCCGCAGCCCCUGGAAGCGGUGCCGGCGGACAAGGCCCGGGCCCCGGCGGUGCCGCUGCUGCCGCCGCCCGCGUCGGCCAAGGCUGUGGGCCCGGCGCCCCCAGGGGCUCUACGCUGCGCCCUUGGGGACCGCGGGCGCGUGCGGGGCCGGGCUGCGCCCUACUGCGUGGCCGAGCUCGCCGCAGGCCCCACCGCCCUGUCCCCACUUCCCCUUCAGCCGGGCCAUGGUGGGCCUCCCGGAGCUGGCAAGCGGGGAGCCUCACAGCCGCUGUCAGGUCCGUGCCGGCGAGGAUGGCUCCGGGGCGCUGCAGCGUCCCGCCGCCUGCAACAGCGACGCGGGUCCCAACCCGAAACCCACACAAGCGACGACGACCCGCACCGACUCCUGCAGCAGCUCGUGCUCUCAGGAAACCUCAUCAAGGAGGCCGUGCGGAGGCUUCAUUCGCGACGGCUGCAGCUACAUGCAAAACUUCCCCAACGCCCGUUCCUAGGGCCUCUCUCGGCCCCAGUGCAUGAACCCCCUUCGCCCCGCAGCCCUCGCGCGGCCUGCAGUGACCCUGGCGCUUCCGAGAGGGCGCAGCUCAGAACUGGCGAUGGCGUUCUCGUCCCUGGCAGCUAACACGCCCGGGGUGGCCACAGCGCCAGCCUCUGACUGGAGGGCAAGGGGUUCCCGGAGGGCUGCAGUCCUGCUCAGGCUGGUGGAGAACUCUUUCUUUGGGAAGCGGGAGAAAUAAGCUAAUGAAGAGGA